AUGGAGGCCGAUUGUGAGAGAAUCUUUAUUGCGUGCAUAUUCAUUGCCGCAGCGACGGCUGCAGUUAUUCCAAAUGACGGCUUAAGGCAACGUCGAGAUGUUUCGGAGCUUUCAGUUGCACAUAAUUAUUUACCACCAAAUGCGGAUAUCGUUACGGAAAUUCCAGCAGAAAAUGAACAAAAUACUGCUGUGCUUGCCGACGAUGGAUAUGUGUAUAAAACCGUAAGACGUUUAAGAUACAGACAACGUAGAGAUGUAUCUGAAAUUGCUCCAGAUUAUUUGCCAUCAGUUCAAGAAAAAGUUGCUUCUAAAUAUUUGCCACCAGCAGAAGAAUCUGCUACUGAACCAGCAUUAGAAACAGAGGAUAGUCAAGAUACCGCAGUACUUGGAAAAGACGGAUACCAAUACAAAACAGUACGUCGUCUCAAAUAUAGACAUCGUCGUGAUGUUUCCGAAAUUUCUCCAGAAUAUUUACCACCCAAAGAAGAAAAAGAUGUAUCAGAAUAUUUACCACCAGCAGAAGAAUCUGCUACUGAACCAGCUUUAGAAACAGAGGAUAGUCAAGAUACCGCAGUACUUGGAAAAGACGGAUACCAAUACAAAACAGUACGUCGUCUCAAAUAUAGACAUCGUCGUGAUGUUUCCGAAAUUGCUCCAGAAUAUUUACCACCCAAAGAAGAAAAAGAUAGCCAAGAUACCGCAGUGCUUGGAAAAGACGGAUACCAAUACAAAACAGUACGUCGUCUUAAAUAUAGACAUCGUCGAGAUGUUUCCGAAAUUGCUCCAGAAUAUUUACCACCAACUGAAGAAAAAGCUGCAUCAGAAUAUUUACCACCAACUGAAGAAUCUGCUACUGAACCUGCAUUGGAAACAGAAGAGAGUCAAGAUACCGCAGUACUUGGUAAAGAUGGUUACCAAUAUAAAACAGUACGUCGUCUUAAAUACAGACAUCGUCGAGAUGUUUCUGAAAUUGCUUCAGAAUAUUUACCACCAACUGAAGAAAAAGCUAGUCAAGAUACAGCAGUGCUUGGUGAAGAUGGUUACCAAUACAAAACAGUUCGUCGUCUUAAAUACAGACAUCGUCGAGAUGUUUCUGAAAUUGUUCCAGAAUAUUUACCACCAACUGAAGAAUCUACCCAAGAUACAGCAGUGCUUGGUGAAGAUGGUUACCAAUACAAAACAGUACGUCGUCUUAAAUACAGACAUCGUCGAGAUGUUUCUGAAAUUGCUUCAGAAUAUUUACCACCAACUGAAGAAAAAGCUGCAUCAGAAUAUUUACCACCAACAGAAGAAUCUGCUACUGAAGCAGCUUUGGAAACAGAGGAUAGUCAAGAUACCGCAGUGGUUGGUGAAGAUGGUUACCAAUACAAAACAGUACGUCGUCUCAAAUAUAGACAUCGUCGAGAUGUUUCUGAAAUUGCUCCAGAAUAUUUACCACCAACUGAAGAAAAAGCUGUAUCAGAAUAUCUACCACCAACUGAAGAGUCUGCUACUGAAGCUGCAUUGAAAUCUGAGGAGAGUCAAGAUACAGCAGUGCUUGGUGAAGAUGGUUACCAAUAUAAAACAGUUCGUCGUCUUAAAUACAGACAUCGUCGAGAUGUUUCUGAAAUUGCUCCUGAAUAUUUACCACCAACUGAAGAAAAAGCUGCAUCAGAAUAUUUACCACCAGUAGAAGAAUCUGUUACUGAACCAGCAUUAGAAACAGAAGAGAGCCAAGACACCGCAGUGGUUGGAAAAGACGGAUAUCAAUACAAAACAGUACGUCGUCUUAAAUAUAGACAUCGUCGAGAUGUUUCUGAAAUUGCCCCAGAAUAUUUACCACCAACUGAAGAAAAAGCUGCAUCAGAAUAUUUACCACCAACUGAAGAAUCUGCUACUGAACCUGCAUUGAAAACUGAAGAGAGUCAAGAUACCGCAGUACUUGGUAAAGAUGGUUACCAAUAUAAAACAGUUCGUCGUCUUAAAUACAGACAUCGUCGAGAUGUUUCCGAAAUUGGUUCAGAAUAUUUACCACCAACUGAAGAAAAAGCUGCAUCAGAAUAUUUAACACCAACUGAAGAGUCUGUUACUGAAGCCGCAUUGCAAACCAAGGAGAGCCAAGAUACAGCAGUGUUUGGUGAAGAUGGUUACCAAUACAAAACAGUACGUCGUCUUAAAUAUAGACAUCGUCGAGAUGUUUCUGAAAUUGCUUCAGAAUAUUUACCACCAACUGAAGAAAAAACUGUAUCAGAAUAUUUACCACCAACAGAAGAAUCUGCUACUGAAGCUGCAUUGAAAAUUGAAGAGAGUCAAGAUACAGCAGUGCUUGGUGAAGAUGGUUACCAAUAUAAAACAGUACGUCGUCUUAAAUAUAGACAUCGUAGAGAUGUUUCUGAAAUCGCUUCGGAAUAUGUGCCACCUGUUGAGACUGAAUAUUUACCACCAACGGAAACUGAGUCUGUUAUUGUGGAUGCACCCCAAGAAAGUGCAAGUUUGACUAAAGACGGGUACCAGUAUAAAACAAUUAAGAAAAUUAAGUAUUAG